ACCACGUCUGUGUGUAUACCUCUGGAAACAAACUUUUCUCCCCAAAAAUAAUUCGAUUAUCUUCUCUUCUCGUCUUGAUCUCUCAGCCUUGUUUCUCUGUGCAUUCCCUGAUGUUGGUUUCGAGAAUCCUCUCUCGAUUUUCCCGCAGCGCGGGCUUACGCUCCUCUCUCUCCGCCGCCGCUCUUCCGGCGAGGAACCAGGCUCCUAUACUCACGAGCCGCUACCACUCCCUCGUUCACGAAUUCUCUCAAAAGGGGCAGCUUGUUGCAGCUCAUGUGUCACUUGAUUCGUUUCCACUUCAAAGGUUCUCUUUUUCUUCCUCCACCACGCCUGAAUCUAGUGACAAGGAGAGCAACACUGAGGCCUCGAAGACUUGUCAAGAGAAAGCUACAUCUGAGACAAACGAACCAGGUCCUGACUCAGAACCCACCAAAGAUUCUGCGAAGAGAAGGAGGAAAGGUGCUAAACGAGCUGCAGUUCCUGAAUCAGAUUCCGAGAGUGAUGAUGAGGAGAUGUCAAUGGAUGAUUUGGUGAAGCUUGUAGCUGAGAAAGAAGAGCUUCUCUCUGAGAAAGAGCAAGAGAUUAAGCAAAUGAAAGAUAAAGUUCUUCGCACUUACGCAGAGAUGGAGAAUGUCAUGGACAGAACACGGCGUGACGCUGAAAACACCAAGAAGUACGCCAUACAGAACUUUGCAAAGAGCCUUUUGGAUGUGGCGGAUAAUCUUGGAAGAGCUUCUUCCGUUGUCAAAGAAAGCUUCUCAAAGCUUGACGACACUUCCAAAGAUUCCGCUGGAGCAGCUCCGCUCUUGAAGACACUUUUAGAAGGUGUGGAGAUGACUGAGAAACAGCUAGCUGAAGUGUUUAAGAAAUUUGGUAUGGAGAAGUAUGAUCCUAUCAACGAGCCGUUUGAUCCAAACAGGCAUAACGCUGUGUUCCAAGUCCCUGAUGCUUCUAAGCCAGAAGGCACUGUUGCUCACGUCUUGAAGUCUGGAUACACGCUGUUUGAUCGAGUUAUAAGACCAGCUGAGGUUGGUGUUACUCAAGGAGGAGAGAGCCAAGAAGACAAGAAGGAAUCUGAUGCUUGAAAGGAACUCAAGCUGGUUUUCAUAAAUUUUGCUACUCUUCUUUCUUUUCAAUUAAUAGCCAUAGUUUCCUCUUGUCGCUUGGUUAUUCAUUGGAUGAACAAGAUAGAUCUACCAUAAGUUGCCGGACAUGGUACUUGCAAAGGAAGUUCUGCUUCUGUGUCUGUUUUCUGUAUCGUCAUGAGGAUUUAACUGAAAGCUUCUUCACACUAGGGAAAGUGACAGUUGUUUCUCUA